AAGGAAACAUGGGCUGGGAAGUCUUGGGAGUCUCCCAGACUCUCACAAUCAGACAACAAAUAUUGCUUGGCAAAGGAUGCCUUAUUGACCAAUCUAUGCUCAAAAGAGUUAACCGUAGUGGAGAUCUAAAGCUAAGCCACUGCCCCGACCAGCUCGAGGAAGUCCCGGAUUCGCCCAAUGCAUAUCCUCGGUAGUCUGUCCAUGGGAGGCCUUGCAGAUCCAUUGGCCGCGCUAAGAGAGAUGGGUCAUUUUGGGGCCAACUUCUAGCAGGGCUGAGAGAGAAAGAGAAUCUGACCUCUCCAAAAAUGCUGACACCGUCAUCUGGUGAACAUCAUCGUUGAGGACAACGCCCGAACACGAAUGAUCGUGGACGAUAUUUCUUCCCAGACAGAGAGAGAGAAAGAAGAGAGCGGCCUGUAGAAGAGACGGUACCUCUUCAACCCUAUGACGACGAGGAAUUUACUUCUCUUCCUGGGGCUCACUGGGUUGAGCCUCCAGGAGCCAGACAUAUUGAAGGACUUUUGCAGACUCUUCGGACACCAGACAGCUGUGAUUGAUCGCAAGCUCUAUAUCGAUGGCGGCUUCGUGAACUAUAACCCUCUGAGUGAAUACCCCGACAAUGCCACAAGUAUGUCCGCCUCAAUUCCUGUUCUCCUCGCCGCCAUUACUGACCCCCUUUUUUUUUUUGAAGAUACGGCCUUGCUCUACGCGGACUUCGAUGUCAACAAUCAGGGAAUGCCGGCGGUAUAUAACAACCUGACCAAACCCGCCGACGCGCCUGAUGUGAACGGAGGAAUUCUGUGGCCCGACACCGUCAACAAGAUGAUCUAUCUCUACGGUGGCCAAUAUGACCAGGGCACUCCCGGCAACUUCUCGUUAUGGUCAUACGAUGCGCUCUACAACACGUGGCAAACGGUCAGCGCCGACACCACACAGGCGAAUAUCCAAAGGGCAAGCUACGGUGCGGGAAUAACGAUACAAGAUCGAGCGGUUGCUUUCUACUAUGGUGGAUGGUUGUCCAAUAGCUCGGUUUCGAAUUGGGGAUCGAAAUCCCCCAAAGCUUUGUCGACCAUGCUUCAAUACGACAUGCUGCAGAAUACGUGGACGAAUUCAUCGGGUCCGGACACGAUCGGCCGCGCGGAAGGGUCCAUGGUGUAUAUCCCAGCAAGUGAUGGCAUGCUCGUGUACAUUGGAGGCGUGCAGUCCGCAAAUAAUGGCACUACCCUCGGCCAGCCGAUGGAUGAGAUUUUGCUAUAUGACAUCUCGGGCAGUAAGUGGUACACACAAAAGGCGACCGGCGACGUCCCCGAACAACGGAGAAGAUUCUGUGCUGGCGCAACUUGGGCGGAAGAUUACUCGUCGUAUAAUAUCUACCUCUACGGUGGUGCCGGUGCUCCCGAGGGUCUUGGCUAUGAUGAUGUUUAUGUUUUGACCUUACCGUCCUUUAAAUGGAUUAAAUGGUACCCCACAGAUGGUAGUGAAAGCGGUUAUCCCAAGAAUGCAAUGUCCUGCACUGUUGUAGAUGGCGCCCAGAUGCUCGUGAUGGGCGGCAACAAGCCAAACGACACGGACUGUGAUGCCUACCCGAUAUACGGACUCCAUAAUAUGUACCUGGGAAAGCAAAAUCCCGAAGAUGCAGUGUGGGCAAUGUUCAGACCAAACGUCACGAGCUACGAGGUUCCGUCAGAGAUUAUAUCCGCUGUUGGAGGAUCGGCCACAGGGGGCGCCACGACCACCGAGCCCGCGGACGGCUUUGACAACCGUGACCUGUCGGUUUUCUUCACGCGCACAUAUACCGCCGCAACCCGCGCACCCACUCGCCCGAUCCCAACCUCAUCGAGUGGUUCCAAGUCUAAGCCUGUUGGGGCGAUUGUGGGUGGUGUCAUCGGCGGCGUCGCGGGGGUAUCGAUACUGGCUGCGAUUCUGUUCUUUUACCUGCGGUCACGGAAGAAGAAGAAGGCUGAACUAGUACCGACCGAAGAGGAACAACCACCACAAGACGUGAAACAUCCGGGAGCCGCUGGACAAGAUGACCCCAGGCGCAGUGAGCUCGCUGCAGGAUACGCCGGGCAACAGGACUCCAUGAGAAGCGAGUUGCCUGCGGAAGUCGUAGCCGGCCAACGGCAAUCGACAAGAAGCGAACUGGGCAGCCCGGCUCUCGUAGAGUUAGAGGGAGAUGUCGUGCCCUACUCACCCACCACCUCGCCCCCGAACUCUCCACCACCAUCCCACCCCAUCUCCCCGACUUCUCCACACCGCGGAUCUGCUCCAUCAUCUUGAUGGAGGCCUUAAAGGAAUACGUACGCAAAGUAGCAAUACUUGCUCCCAGGACUGGGGAACAUCCGAGGUUUUGCCCGGCCCGUACCCUGGUGAAUGUUUGAAUGUUUAUAGAUGACCCAGCAGUUUUAUAUACUCUGGGACUGGGGCUCAAACUCUUUUCUAAGUGUCUAGCUUCAAGUUCCAGAGCCUUGUUCUAUAUA